AUGAAAGUGUUUGAGACUGAGCAUGACAGAGACUCUGUGUUUUAUUCUCUUAUAGGAACAAAACCUAAACUCACAUCAGAUACUGAAGGAUCUGUACUGACAGGUAACACAGUAACUCUGAAGUGUCACAUUGAUCAUUGGUCUACUGGAUUGAAGUUUUACUGGUACAACAACACACAAAACACUGAGAAGACAACAACAGAAACAAACACUUACACAAUCCACAGUGUUAAAGUUUCAGAUGAAGGUCAGUACUGGUGUAAAGCUAGAAGAGGAAAACCAGACUAUUACACAAACUACAGUGAUGGACUGUGGAUAAAUGUUAAAGCCUCAGGAUCUUCAUCUCUUGGUCUUAUUGUUGGUCUGUGUCUUGGACUGAGCGUCAUGUUUUUGAUCUUUUUCUUGGUCCUGCUGUGGUGCUACAAAAACAAAAAACUCUCCCAGUCUCCGUCAGCUUUCAGUCCACAGCAGAACAUCAGUCAGACAUCAGAUCAGAAACAGACUGAAGAUGGUUAUAAUCACCUGCAUACUGGAGAGGCUCAUCUUUAUGACUCUAUUAAUACAACAGACAAUAAAGACACAAGCUCAGACAAUGUAAAUGAAUCAGCUGAUCUCACCUAUGCUGAUAUUGAACUGAAACCUAAGAAAGAAAUGAAGAAAAAGAAAGAGAAGAAAGGGAAUAACAGUGAAGAAGGUGACAUUGUGUACUCUAAACUGAAGAAACCAGGAGAUCAAGAUGUUGCUUCUGGAUCUGUUGAUGUGACUUAUGCUCAGAUUAAAAGAUCAGAGGAGAAAAAGACACCAAUGCAUUAACCAAUGCUUAAUAUUAUCAAUCCAAACAUUCAAGAUUCCUAAUCUUUGAUUUUUCUAAUAGCAUAAAGGAGCAUAGGUGCGGUUUAGCACUUAAAAUGGUUUCCCUAUGAUCACGAGCCAGUAAACCAGUUUUAGUGCUACUUAGCACCAUUUUUUUAAAGAGUGUACAUUAAUAAACUUUUCAAUACAGUACAUUCUCAUAAUGGCACAAAUGCUACAGCAAGACUGUUGAUAUCUAAACGCUUUGUUUGUCUCUUGAUACUUUUUUCAGCCUAAUGGCCUAAUAGGGAACAUAGUGAUAUACAAAAGUUAUAUUUUUCUGUACACAGUAACAAAUUUAUGUAAAAUAAACAAAUCCUUACUAUAGACAUUUGUGCAGAAUUCCGAAUUAUGGAAAUUAAAUCCUGUGUAAUCUCACAACUGUUUACAUGAACAAUGUACAUGAGCAUUUCUUAAAAAAAUUAUUCAACGAUCAAAAUAAAAAUAGGGUGCACCAAAGUCCUUUUAGGGAAGUCACGCUACUAGACGCCGGCCAUCUUUGCAACGCCUCUGGAAAGUUAUUUUAAUCAUGCAAGAUUUCAAGUUAGUAUCUAAUUUAUUAGGGAAAUACAGAUAUCUGUCAAAUUACAUGCUAUAGUCACAAUUAAACAACAUCUCUCUGACAAACACUCUGUACAGAAUUUGGGAUUUAAAACUAUAUUUUGUUAAUCCUUUAUUUUUUUACUGUAUUUUUAGUCUGUUACAGUUUUUAAGAAUGUUCUCACCAUACUCAUUUGCAUACUACUUCUCAACUUGUGCUUUCUGUAAAUAAAUAUAAAACUUAA